AUGGCUCCAAGCACAAUUCCCACAGUUGUACGGCUCAAAACAAUUAAGUUUGGUCCUGAAAUUGAAUUGGAGGGACCUGGUUUAUUUCACUUUGGGUACUUUGGGCAGUUUGGCCACUUCUGGUGGAUAUGUCCACAAGAAGUGGCCAAACUGAAUGUGGACCAUUUGCUGAUACAUACUGCUUGGCUCUGGACCUCCACACAUCAACUCAAUACCAAACAUACUACUCCAGAGGUGAAGCGCCACAUCGCCCAACUCAGCAAGCACGCGGUUUACUGUCUCAUACUCAAGGAAUCCCCUUUGAGAAAGCUCUAA